AUGACUCGACUGGAAGGGCGCAAACGAUCAAAGCUCGCAUGCCAGACGUGUCGCGACCUCAAGCGGAGGUGUGACGGCGCUCAUCCAUGUGGGACAUGCGUUCGAUUCGAGUAUCAUUGCAAUUACCAGGUGGCCAGGAGAAGAAGAGAACCGGAUCGUAACCCGGGCCCGACCGGAGAUCCGGCGCCGGCGCUGCCGAGUUUGCAGUCUCCCCUUGACGAUGUCGCAUCAUCGACGGCGAGUUCGCAUGCCCAGGCUCGCUCAGUGGAGGCGAAUUCAUGUCCUGCAUUUGUCAGGAGCAUGGCUCUGCGGCUGGAUCCCAAAAGAAACCCGAGGAUGCACAGCUUUGCCUGGAACGCCUUUCUUGGAUCACGGCGGACUUUACAUGUGCAUACUCCGGCCGUCCAAUCGAUUACGGAUGUGGUAUCCCAAAAGAGGCUACAAGAGCUAGCAGCCGUAUAUCUUGGAAAGGUUGACCCGGUUUAUGGAUUCAUCGAUCGCGAACAAGUUCUUCAGCGUAUACAGCAGAGAUGGGCCUCCCGGAAUGCUACUCAUGUACAAGAUGCUGUGCUUUGUGGCAUCGCUGCCCUGGGAUGUUUGUUCUCGCAGAUAAACGCUGACACGGCCGAGGUCUCGUUGGUAGAGUUGGCAAGAGUCUUGCUUGAGAAGACCUUAUCAACCCUCUCGUCCGCCGAUAGCAUUACAGCAUGGCUGCUCCGUGUCAUCUAUCUUAGGAUUGCGGACACGCAUUAUGCUGCUUGGAUGGCGAGCUGUACGGUGAUGCACAUGAUAGAUGCUGCUGGUCUCAAUAUAGAAGCCCCGGAGGAAGCCAUGGAUCCGGCCCCUCACCAAGAGAUCAGUCUAGAGCUAAGGAAGAGGAUAGUGUCUAUUGCUCAGCAUCUCAACAUAUGGAUGUCGUUUGACAUGGGGCUGACCCGCGUCGCUCUACCCGACACAAUCACGACAGUCCCUUUGGUGCGAGAGGGGGACUUCACCAGCGAGCUAAUAGAGUUGCUUCCAUUAUCAAUAGAGCUCGACCCCCAAAGGAAACCCACCGCAUUUGAGCUGGAAUAUGCGCUGCAAGUAGUGCUCGGCCGCACGCAUUCCAGCCCACCGUCGGUUCUUGCUCAGUGUAACUUGGCGCUCUGUCUCUGUCGCCGACUGCGGUCGAUGGACGUUGCGCUGACGGAUUCUGUGCUCCAGCAGGUGCUCACGCUGACAUCAAAUGGGAUUCGAGCUGUCCAAGCAGUAUUGACUGCUCGCUCCCCUUGGCAUCAGAUGACCUAUGUGCCGUUUCAGAUUGUGUGUGUGUUGCUUGCUAUAGAUACGGUUUCGUCAAUCUCUCAGCUACGAGACGCAAUGCAAUGUCUUCAAGAUGUAUGCGCCGUCUACAAUACGGAGGCAACGCAGGAGGCAUUAAGAACGGCACGCUCACUCGUCUUACUACAUCAAAGAGGCAAAGAGAUGUUUGCUUCGGCUUUGAGUGAGAUAUUGAAGAGCCGCCCAAUGAGUCCCAUUGGAGAUGUCACAGACGAUUGCCAUGUACUGGAUGAUACAACCGGCACGAAUAAUUUUUCGGACCAAUUUUUCGGCCUACAAUAUAACGAUAUGGAUCAACUUCUGAGCGCCGACUUCUUCUGGAAUAUUACCAACAAUAGGUUUUAA